UUGCAGAGGGCUGCCCAGGACACCGUCUGCAGCGCGACCCGCAUCCUGAAGGACCUGGACGCCCAGGGCUAUUCCAGAAGGUGUCCUGAAGUCUGGGCCAAGCAGCACGUGCGCACAGUCACCCACCUGUACCGGGACUGGCUGUUUGAGCUGCCGCUGGAGUUGAUGGCGCAGCAGGUGCACGAGGACCUGGCGCAACGGUGGAGGUGCCUGGCCUUUGACGACACCCCCACUGGGGGAGCCCUGGCAUGGCUGCCCGACGAGACCCCUCCGGUACCCACCCGUGGAGGGUGUUUGGUACACCCGGCCGGGGAGGCCAUGAACCAGCUUUGCUUCCAGGAUAUGACCCUCAGCAGCUCCCUGAAACCUCGAAUCCGGAGCCCCCCUGCCCAGUUUGAGCUCAGUGAGGCAGUCCGGCAGGUGGCAGCGGCCCGAGUGGAUGGCAGUGACUUCAUUGGAGUGCGCUCAGACCACCACUGUGGCGUGUGGAGGAUGCGAUCUGGAGAGGCUCCUGAUCCACUCCACGUCGUUCGCACCAGGGACCCCUGCUGUUCCGUCACGGUCAGCCCCCACCUGCCUGGUGAGCUGUCCUUUUGCACCCACCGGGGAGCAGUGUACCUGUGGAAUGUCGAGGCAAGGCCUCGACUCGUGCACCAGGACCGGGAGACCGCCUUCUUCCGUGACCCCUCGCCUUGGCGCUGGAGUGAGUUUACCGCCCACCCCUGUGUGCUCACUUUUGCCGAUCGCACGGGUCUGAUGAGUGUUGACCGGAGGGCCCCCUCCGGCUGCCAUGUCGAGCUCUUCAAGGUGGGAGCUGAAGCAGAGUGCCAGCGUGGGGAGCGCCUGGUCUUCACCAAGUACUUGGGCCAGGCUCAGCCCUACCACCAGCUGGUGGCCACCCAGUUCUCGGUGUACGUGCUGGACGAGCGCUUUCCGCUGGUGCCUCUUCUCCGUUGGGAACACAUGAUGAGCGGUCCCCCCCUCUACGUCCACCUCACGCCAGCCGGCGCUCCGUCACGUCCCCACAAGAUGCUCUUGGGCACCCACCACUCCCAGGAGCUGCUGCUACUGCAGUACAUGGGCGGCCUCAGCACCGCGUGCCAACUCCUGGGCCCUCCACAGAAGGUGUCGUCCAUCCAGGAAUGCCUGCCCCACUUCCCCAUGCAAGUCCCUGUCCAGGAGAAUGCCCUGCGCCAACGCCUCACAGCACCCAUGGCUGGUACGUGGAAGCGGUCCUUCUCGGAGGCGAGGGCCUUUUGUGCGCUGUUUGCUGAGGCAGCCACAGGCGACCCCCGGAUCCAGGGUGGCCUGUCUCUGCUGGCGCCCUCGGACCUGCUCUCCUCCCAGACGCUGCAGGCCCGCGGGAUUCCCCGGGAGCGCCGCCGGACCCUGCGGGACUACCUGGCCAUUUGGGACGAGCCCCCGGAGCCCCCCGAGGACCUGCUGGGCAGCCAGGCUUCCUCUCGGGGCAGUGGGGGCGGCAGCCAGCGCUACCCCCCUUCGUCCCAGGCCUCCCAGCCGCCCCCGCGCAAGCAGGCCCGCAUGGGCUUCUGA